AUGACUUCUGUGUCAUCCCACUGUUGGCAAGCGCGAAAUUUGUCCAUUUCCUUAGACUUCUCGGUAAAUAAAUAUGCGGGACAUGGCCGCAACAGAGCAAUUGGAAGUGGGGAAGCACGUAGCUUGACAUAUUUCACUGCAUACAUUUUUUGUCUCUUGGCGCCUCUCUCCUCCGAGUCAGAGUCGUCGUCGCAAUCGCUACUACCACUAGACGAGGCAUUGUCAUCAUCCGUCUCCGGAUAUUGCCGUGGAGAUGCAGUCGCAACCAUAAUAUUAAAAAGACUCGCAGACGCCGAGGCCGAUCACGAUAAUAUUCUAGGGAUUAUUCGAUCUGUCGCGCCAAAUCACUCGGCCGAUGCUAUUUCAAUCACACAUCCUCAUGGGGCUACGCAAGAGAAUCUUUAUCGUCGGGUUCUGUCACAGGCCGGCGUAAAAUCGCAAGAUAUUUCCUAUGUCGAAAUACACGGAACCGGUACGCAAGCGGGCGACAAUAGAGAGAUUUCAUCUGUCACUGGUGUUUUUGCAUCCAUGGGUUCUCGUUUCAACGAGCAGAAACUCUACGUUGGAUCUGUUAAAGCAAAUGUCGGUCACGGGCCAGCAUCGUCAGGAGUCACUGCUUUGAUCAAAACUCUUCUGAUGAUGCGUCUACAAUUCAAUCCCACCUCAUUCUGGUAUCAGAAAGGGAUUGGACGGAGGGUUCCCUGCACUUGCUGGAGGGGGGGGGUAUUCAUGUUGCCAAGGGGCCAAUCCCCUGGAAGUGCACGUCGUCAAAAGGUCGAAAAGUAUUUGUGA